GCCGCGUCCAGGGCGGGGCCUGGGCCGUCCCGCCCGCGCCCUUCGGCCGCGAGCCGGCGGCGGGGACACGAUGGCCCGACCCCGCGUGCGGCUGGUGGUCACGGCGGACGACUUUGGCUACUGCCCGAGGCGCGACGAGGGCAUCGUAGAAGCCUUCCUAGCGGGGGCUGUGACCAGCGUGUCCCUGCUGGUGAACGGCGCAGCGGCCGAGAGCGCGGCUGAGCUGGCCCGCAGGCACAGAAUCCCCACGGGCCUCCACGCCAACCUAUCCGAGGGCCUUCCAGUGGGCCCGGCUCGCCAUGGCGUUUCGUCGCUGCUCGGCCCCGAAGGCUUCUUUCUCGGCAAGAUGGGAUUCCGAAAGGCGGUGGCGGCUGGAGACGUGGUCUUGACGCAGGUGCGGGAAGAGCUGGAGGCCCAGUUGAGCCGCUUCCGGGAAUUACUGGGCAGGGACCCUACUCACGUGGACGGGCACCAGCAUGUGCACGUGCUCCCAGGUGUGUGCCAAGUGUUCGCUGAGGCGCUGCAGACCUGCGGGGUGAGCUUCACGAGGCUGCCGCUGGAGCGCGGAGUGGGAGGCUGCGCCUGGCUCGAGGCCCCAGCGCGUUCUUUCGCCAGCGCCGUGGAGCGAGAUGCCCGGGCUGCCAUGGGCCCAUUCGCCCACCAUGGCUUGCGGUGGACCGAUGCCUUCGUGGGCCUGAGCACCUGUGGCCGGCACAUGUCUGCUCACCGGGUGUCAGGGGCGCUGGCUCGAGCCCUGGAAGGUAUACCUAUGAGCCAUGCCCCCACAGCCGAGCUGAUGACGCACCCUGGCUACCCGAGUGUGCCUCCUGCUGGGGGCUGCGGGGAGGGUCCUGACGCCUUUUCCUGCUCUUGGGAGCGGCUGCACGAGCUGCGCGUCCUCACAGCGCCGGCGCUGCGGGCCCAGCUUGCCAAGGACGGGGUGGAGCUCUGUGCCCUCGACAACCUAGACUCCAAGAGGCCCCAAGAGGAGACCCCUGGUGAAGCCAUUCUGGAAACGUUUCUGGAGCCCUCCCCACCAUGACCGUGGCAGACAGCCAAGCAUUAAUGUCUCUUUGUGCCCAGGAAGGGAACCAGGUCCCAGAGCAGUCUCUGAGACUUCCCUGGAUGCUGCCACCUCUGUGUCCAGGUCCUCAGGCUAAGAGUGGUGGCAGAACUUCCAAGAGCCCUCAGGCUGCCACUGGGCCUGGGGCCUGCCAAGAGCUGGGGGCCUUGUAAGCAUCUUCCCUGUUUGGGUGAACUGGGCAGAGAUAGGUAUGUUAAUAAAGUAAGAUGUGUCUUGGAAA